AUGCUAAAUCAGCCUUCCGCUGACCGCAGAAACAGCAUGAACCAGAAGAUCCGCUACCAACAGCACCAACAGCCACAGCCUGCAAAGUUCUCUGCAACGGUCGGGACGGUGACGUCAACCCAGAAUAUCAGUCGAGAAGCCAGGGCAAAGUUGAAUUGUAUGAAGUCCUUUAUGAAUGAUCCCAUAUUCUUCGUAGAACCUUAUUAUCAGGCGCCUGCGCUGCCCUUGCAGGGCCAGAUAGCACAGCAGGCAUCAAGUCCGAUAGUAUCGCCAGGCCAAGUUCACAGCUUUCUAGAUAGGUCAGGGCUCACAGCGCAGCAUCACGGCUACAUGCAGCUUCAGGCGGGAACCGCUAGGCUUGCAGCCCCAGACAUGUACGCUCGGUACCAUUAUUUGGACCAGCAAACAGCACAAGCGCCCUACACCCAAAGACAUUAUCAUCAAAUGCGAGCUAAAUCGCAAUUGCAGGGCCAGAGUAACCGGAGCUGGUAA